GAAAUUUAUUUAAAAUAUUAAUAGCAAUCUUCGUUUAAAUUUUAUAAUUUAUUGUUUGUAAUUAUUUUUUUCUGGAAUAAUAUGCUACAACAGUAAUACACAAUUUUGAAUUAUGAGUAAAAAAAACAAUCUGUCAAUAAUUUCGAUAUCGGUAUUUAUUUACAGAUAAUUAUUUAAAAAAAUUUAAUUUUUAUAAUCAGAGUAUUAUUGUAUAUUAUCUAAAAUGUCAGAAAACUACAAAAUACAGUUGAAGCAAGUAGAACAAGCUAUUGAACACACCAAGAAUAUAGACCAAUUAAAUGAAUUAUUGUCAUUACGAGAUAGUUUGGUUGAGCUUAUAGCACUGACUAGUGAAGCUUGUGAACCAGAGCAAACCACUCAAAAUCCAUUAGAUGAAGAAUAUGCUCUAUUUAAGUCAGAAAUUGAAACCAUUGAUGAAACACAAAAUAAGAACUAUGAUGAAGAUGAUACGUCAUCCUGUGAAAUUUUAAAUAUAUCUAAAAAUAAAAAAGUAAAAGAUUGUCAUUCAUCCAGUACAAUUGAAAUAGAUUCAGAUAGUGAUAAUACAAACUCUUGUCAAAUGAUUGAUGAAGAUCACGAAACUGCUGGAAUUGAAAAUGAAUUGGCUAAUUUACAAGGAUCUAAGUGUCAAGCUCCAUUUGAAACAGAUUAUGAUGUGUCAACAUAUCAUAAUGCACUCAUUAUGUCUGUUAAAGUGAAUGAUUCAACAGAUCAACAAUCAUUAGAUGAUAUAUUGGUAACUGUAUUAUAUACAAAUCCAAUAUGUAAACAAAUGUUACCUUGUCAAUUUUUUUUAAGUGGUGAAUGCAAAUAUUCUGAUGAUAGAUGUUAUUUUUCACAUGGAACUGAAGUUCCUUUAUCACGUCUCACAGAAUUUAAAGAACCAGAUUUUAAAAAUUUAAAAGUAGGAAGUCUAGUAUUAGCAAAAUCAUGUGAAGGUGGACUUUGGUCUAGAGCCAUUGUAUUAGAUAUCACUCAUGGCACAUCAAAUAAUGAUGGAAGUUGUAUUAUUAAAUAUGAAACUAAAGGACUUGGGGAAAUAGAAGUUCCAAUGCAAAAUAUUUUUCCUUUGAUUGGGAAUGAUGAAGAAUUUUACGAAUUGUCAUCCGAUAGUGAUGAAGAAAGUAAAAUUAAAGAACGUGAUUCAGCAAUAGUUAAUAAUGUGCUAUUAAGUACAGAAACUAUUCAAUCACUUGGAAGUUGGGAAAAACACACAAAAGGUAUUGGUUCAAAAUUAAUGGCUAAAAUGGGAUAUAUAAUGGGUGCUGGAUUGGGUAAAAACGGAGAAGGACGAAUUAACCCUGUGGAAGCAAUAGUUUUACCAAAAGGAAAAUCAUUGGAUCACUGCAUGUCUAUCAAAAAUACUGAACAAAUUCAAGAAGCACGUAAAAAACAUAAACAACAACUGAGACUUGAAAGAUGUAUGAAGAAAUCUUAUGAGAAAUCAUUAGAAAAGCCUCCUGAUGUUUUCACGUUUCUCAACAAUAAACUCAAUAUCAAAAACAUUAAUCAAGAUAAAAAUGUAAUAGAUGAGAAAAAAUUAAAAAGUUCUACAAUACAUGACUUAAAUGUUAGAAGUUUAAAAAUAGAAGAAGAUAUUAAACGACAACAAAUAAGUAUUCAAGAGUUAAGUUAUUCAUUGAACCGAAGUGCAUCUGGGUCAGUGCAGUAUAAUGUGGUCAAUCAAAAAUUGAUCGAAGCUAAUAAUCAACUCUCACACUUGAAAGCUGAAGAAAAGUCUAUACAAAAAGAACAUACAAACAGAGAAACUCACAAAAAAAUGACUGUGUUUUAGUGAAUAUUAACUAGGAUGUUCAAAAUUCUAAAAUUGUUGAAAAAAAGUUAAGUUUAUAUUUUUAGAAGUAACUAAAAAGAAAUUUAAUAUUAUAAAUUAAGUAUUCAAGUUAAGUAGAAUAUAUAAAAACACAUGUACGAAAUGUAUAUAGUUGGGAGUGUAAUAUAUGAUUAUACGUUGAA